AUGGCGGAUUCCCGUCGUGAGAGAAAGUUGAAGGAAAUCGCGGAAGAAGCAGAAAGAGCUAUUUCCAGUCUUCAAAAUAAGUUGAAAGGGGACAAAAAGGUGAGGAAACGUCAUGUUACUGACAUCACGUAUAAUUCCUCCGGUGAGAGAAUUGUUAAAGCUCCUAGGAGACCUUCCCGAUCAAGCUCCUCAGUGCAGAGUACAUCAACUGGAGUGUCUAUACAAAACCCGGCAAGUGAUAACGUGGACGAAAGCUUAUUAGCAGAUCAUGAUGAUUCAAAUAUCUGUGAUGUUCCUUCUAAGCACAUUGAAGAUAAUGAAAAUCUUUUAUCAGAGGCCUUUAGAAUGGCUGAAGAUAUUGUCAGACAAGAUGCCAAACUGAAAAGGAUAACCUGGCAAACUAGGCAGACACGCCUAGAGACAAACUGGGAAGGCUUCAGAGAAACUUUGUUUAGUGAUGCUUUGUCCAAAGAAGCUUUACCACCAUCAGUAAAGUGCUCUAUGUGCAAUUCUGACCUUCAGCAGUGUGUUCGAUGUAUGGAUUGUGGACCUUGCUUUUUUGUCUGUUCAAAGUGUGACAUGAAUAUUCACAACAGCCAUCCCAUGCAUGAUCAGGAGUUUUGGAAUGGAGAAUUCUUUCAGUCAUUACUACCUACUGAAGCGAUAGACUCUCAGGGUAAACUGUUUCCAUUAAGCCAUUUUGUGCCUUGCAAGGUUGUCCCUCCAUGCUGCCCACAUUGCAAAAAUGACUCCAUGAAGAUUAUUCCAUCAGAAUCAAUGUGUAUUAUAGUCAGUCUUAAAGGUGAGAAUUUUGUGACUGGUGUUAUAGCAAGAGAGCGAGUACCUUCCUUUGAGCGUCUUCUGUGGCGUGCCUGUCGUGGAAACGUUUUCUUCAAACAGGCAGAAAUAGAGACUCCUCUGGAAGAUCCAAGCACUGGAGACCAAGUCAACAAAUGUGUCUUUAUUAUAUUCUUUCAAGGAGAUCAGCUCAAAAGCAGGGUGAAGAAGAUUUGUGAGGGAUUCCGUGCUACGUUGUAUCCUUGCCCAGAUACCGCAGCAGAGAGGCGAGAAAUGGCCAUUGGAGUAACCACAAGAAUUGAAGAUCUUCAAACAGUAUUGAAUGAAACACGUGACCAUCGCCAUCGAUUGUUGAUGACUGUGGAAAAGAAUAUAAAUCAGUGGUUUAUUAAGGUCAAAAAGAUCAAGGCCAUUUAUCACACCAUGAACAUGUUCAACCUGGAUGUUACUCAGAAAUGUCUUAUUGCUGAGUGUUGGUGUCCAGUUAGUGACUUGGAUAGAAUUCAGCAAGCACUGCGGCGAGGCACAGAGCGCAGUGGUGCUGCUAUACCAUCUAUUCUGAAUCGCAUGACCACUCGUCAGGAGCCUCCAACUUUCAACAGGACUAACAAGUUUACCCAGGGGUUUCAAGCCAUUGUAGAUGCCUAUGGAGUAGCAAACUAUCAGGAAGUAAAUCCAGCCUUGUUUACAGUCAUCACAUUUCCAUUCUUGUUUGCGGUCAUGUUUGGAGACUGUGGUCAUGGUUUGAUCAUGUUUCUGUUUGCCCUGUGGUUGGUUGUGAAUGAAAGGAAACUGGCAGGCUAUAAAGAAGGAGGAGAGAUGUUUGAUACAGUUUUCGAGGGACGCUACAUCAUCAUGCUGAUGGGAUUGUUUGCAGUCUACACUGGUCUUAUUUAUAACGACUGCUUUUCCAAGUCCUUUAACAUCUUUGGCACAGCCUGGGAUCUUAGUGUAGAUUAUGGUCCAAUCAACAAAAAGGCAUUGGACUCUUAUGCAGAGAACCAAGAUAUUAUGGUUGAGCCACAGCAGACAUACCGUGGGAUACCAUACUACUUUGGUAUUGACCCAAUCUGGCAAAUAGCUACCAACAAACUGACUUUCACCAAUUCAUUCAAAAUGAAGCUGUCCAUUGUGUUUGGUGUGACACAUAUGAUGUUUGGUGUUUGUCUGAGUUUCUUCAAUCAUAGGCACUUCAAUAAACCUCUGAAUAUCUUCACAGAGUUUAUACCACAGGUUCUGUUUUUGUUUUGCAUCUUUGGUUACCUGGUCAUUUUGAUCUUCUACAAGUGGAUUGCCAUCAGUGUUACUUCGAAGGGUUAUCCAAGUUUGCUGUUGGCACUCAUCAACAUGUUUCUUAAAUUUGGAGGAUCUAUCCACAGUUCUGAGCUUCUCUUCCCAGGACAGGAUGUUAUCCAGCCUAUACUAGUUAUCAUAGCUGUAUUGUGUGUACCUUGGAUGCUCUUGGUCAAGCCUUUUUAUCUUCGACAUCAGCACAAAGUUGCUGAAGCACAAGGUUUCCAGAGGCUGAGGUCCAGCAGCCCUGCCUCAUCGACAGUACAGAUUCAAGGGACAGAAGGGGACUCUGAAAUAGUCCAUCAUGGAGGCCAGGGACAGGGUGAACCUCAUGAUGAUGUUCAUGAGGAGUUUGAUUUUGGGGAAGUAUUUGUACAUCAGGCCAUUCAUACCAUUGAAUACUGCCUGGGUUGUAUCUCAAAUACAGCCUCUUACUUGCGACUGUGGGCCCUUAGUUUGGCACAUGCAGAGCUGUCUGAAGUGUUAUGGAGCAUGGUGUUGCAUUUGGCUCUGUCAUUUAAGGGAGGACUUGGAGUGGUUGCUUCCUUUGCUUUGUUUUCGUUUUGGGCAGUACUCACUGUUGCCAUUCUUUUGAUUAUGGAGGGGUUAUCAGCCUUCUUACACGCUCUACGUCUCCACUGGGUCGAGUUCCAGAGCAAGUUUUAUCAAGGAACAGGCUACAAGUUUCAGCCGUUUUCUUUCAAAUUAAUAAUAAGCGGCCAGCUUGAGGAAUGAUUUGACUGGAGAGCUCUUUGACGUGUUUGUUUAAAGACAAGUUUAAUUUUGGCCCAAAAGAAUAUUGUAGACAUUAAUAUUGGGAAUAAUUAUCUUCAUUAAAAUAAUCUUUGGAUGGUGAAAAAAUGACCUGAAUUUACAUUUCUUUUGUUACUGAAAAUGCAAACUUAAUGGACAAAUUUUUUUUUAUUGGCAUCUUUACCUUGAUAUUGCAGGAGGAAGUACUUGCUACUCACCUUUAGGGGUUAAAGGUUAAAGGAUUGAAAAUGAUUGCUGAGGAAAAUUAAUUUAAGUGAGACUGAUUGUUGGUUGUUCUACGUAUUGUUUUUGAUAAUUGGAGGAGUGAGGACAAAUAAAAAUCAUAUUCUAAUUCA